ACAGACUAAUAGAUCAAACGUCAACUUGUUGGAAAUUGGAAAUAAUAACAAACAGCUGUCUCUUAUUAUUUAACUUUUACAAAUUGUCUUCAUUUUCUUGUAUCUUAAAAAGUUAAAAAUGCUGACCUUAUGGAAUUUAUUUGAGGCUUCUUUACUUUGUUUAAACGCGGUAUGCGUUCUACAUGAAGAAAGAUUUAUGCAAAAAAUGGGAUGGGGUGCGAAUACUCAAAAUCAAGGAUUCGAGGACCAGUCGUCGAUUAAAUUUCAAAUUUUAAAUCUAGUAAGGUCAAUACGAACAGUUACAAGAAUUCCACUCAUCAUUUUAAAUAUAUUAACAAUAAUAUUUAAAUUACUAUUGGGAUAAUGAAUCAUGAUGUGGAGAAAGAGGAUGUAUAUGAAGAAUAACAAGUCUUAUUGAAAAUAUUAAGAAGCAGGUGUAUUAAGAUGUCUAAUUUUAACUACCAAAUAUAUAUAUUUUUUAAAUGAAA